GGGAGACCAGAUAUAGUGAAUGCAGGGUCUGGGGAGACCAGAUAUAGUGAAUGCAGGGUCUGGGGAGACCGGAUAUAGUGAAUGCAGGGUCUGGGGAGACCAGAUAUAGUGAAUGCAGGGUCUGGGGAGACCGGAUAUAGUGAAUGCAGGGUCUGGGGAGACCAGAUACAGUGACUGCAGGGUCCGGGGAGAGCAGAUAUAGUGAAUGCAGGUUCCGGGAGAGCGGAUAUAGUGAAUGCAGGGGUCCAGGGAGAGCGGAUAUAGUGAAUGCAGGGUCCGGGGAGAGCGGAUAUAGUGAAUGCAUGGUCCGGGGAGAGCGGAUAUAGUGAAUGCAGGGUCCGGGGAGAGCGGAUAUAGUGAAUGCAGGGUCCGGGGAGAGCGGAUAUAGUGAAUGCAGGGUCCGGGGAAAGCGGAUAUAGUGAAUGCAGGGUC